AUGGGCACUACAUGCGUGGGCGUGGACCCAGAAAACCCUCCUACGACGAACAGCAGCCCUCUGCAGCGGCUAAAGGGAAAGAGCGGGAGUAUCUUUAAGCCGCGGCAAGAGACACCAAUUCAUCGCCAGAAUGCUAUCAGGCAUGACCAGAUUCUGAUCUGGCCGCGGCAGCCAUCGCCGGUACGUUCUACGGAUGAUCUGGCAGACGGCAUGGUGAGCCUAUCGACACAGCGCGUGACAGACAACGUUUUGAUCCUAGGCGCAACAGGGCUCACAGGGAGCUUGAUACUCGCAAAUUUGGCACAGCCCUGGAUCUACCUCAAUGCGACCAACGAUCUGCAGAGCAAGGUGGACAGCCUAUAUCCCGCAGACCUAGAGCGGUUCACAAAACACAAUAUCUUUGUCAAAAAACCGAAAUCACCUUUGUGCAAUAUUCUCGUGAGAAGAAAAUCCAUCGAGGUAACAAAAAACCUCUACUGCUUGGCGCGUAGACCCAUCGCAGUCGAGGGCAUGCCCUUGGACGGGCUCGAUGCCUCGUGGGAGCACACGGUUCGCUGCAAAGGGUUCGACUUGAUUUGCGGUAAAGGCGGCAUUUCACGGGAUUGCACGCUCGAGAGGAAUGCAGCAAUGUAUGAGCUGGCUAGUACGCACAAUUGUCCAGGCCGCGAAAUAAUAUUGCAGCUGCAAAGCUUCUCCUUCAAGCUCGUCUAUGAAAAUUCUCGCGACCCACACGGAGAUACCUGCGGGCACGCAUUGAUGGUGAAGCUCAACAUUAAUGUUAUCUGUGUGAUCGACACAGACUCACAAAGAUGGCCGGCUCUACUCACCGACGUGUUUGGGGAGCAGCCAAUGAAACGAGGGUUGAUACCGCAAGGGCAAGGUUUGGAAGGUAUUUCGCACUGGGAAUUUCCUUCCUUGGGGGACGUUGGCACCUUGGUUUCUGCUCUAGGAUCAACCCGGCAUCAGGAGAGGAAAUCAAGUAUCCCCCGCCAUUAUGUGGAUUAUGAGUUGAACCUCACCUUGGCCCAAGAGUUCUGCCAGCGCAAGGCACGCGGUACAAGAAAAAAGAUAGUUGUUGUCACCAGCUUCAACAGCUCACUCUUGAGUACUGUGAGUAACUAUUUUCAAACAAAGCUCAAGCUGGAACAGGACCUUUACACCAAGGUCCAUGGUAUGGAUAACCUGGUCUUAUUGAGGCCCGGUCCGCUUGUAGGUAACCACACCCCACAUGCGCAAACCCCCCCGGCCACGAAUAAGUUUACCUUUCUUCCAGCCGCCCUUUUCCACAUCUUGGUACUCAAGAAAAGAUGUUUCGACCGCAAGGUGAGACUCCUAAGGGAUUUGAUGAAAGUGGGACUUCGUGCUAAACUGAGUGAGUUGGGUGCACGCCUAGCCUACCAGCACCCCUGUUUGCAACUUGUCAGCAGUGUCAAUGCCGCUCACAAAGUCGCAUUCUUUGCUGCGAGCAGAGCUAUAUAUUCCCCUGAUUCUGCGUCUUUCGUAGAGCUUAUAAAGAGUGAUGAGAUCGAGAAAAUGGCUAAUUAG